UGAGUGUGUUCCAACACGGAAGAGCUGUUGGUCUGACGAACUUUUACUCUGGCACGGCAGUUUUUCCUGUGUUUCCAACUCUUAUAAUCCUUUAAAAGACUUUCUUCUUUUCUUCGAUCGUAAAGCGUCACAUAACGGUGAGUCCGUACUCCUGUAUGUGCAUGAGUAGUUAGAUAUUUGUUGACAAACUGAAGUUGAAGUGAAAAGGGCCUGUGUGAAGUCAUGGCUGACAACAUGGAUGACGACCUGCCACAAGAGGCUCUUCCGCUUCAGCAGGACCUGACUUGCCCGGUCUGCCAGGGCAUCUUCAAGGACCCUUCACUGCUGCCCUGCACCCACUCCUUCUGCCGAGAAUGCCUGGAGAGAAGCUGGCAGUACAACAAGAAGUGUCCGGUGUGUCGGCAGGUGUUCGAGGAGGGCAGCGCCAUCCCGAACCGCGCGCUCAGCUCCGCGUGCGAGUCCUUCCUGAAGCAGAAGAACUGGGGAAACGCGACCAAACCUCGUGGGCACGUGUGUCACCUCCAUCUGAAGCCUCUGGAGCUUUACUGCGAGAAGGACGAGGAGCCCGUGUGCGUGGACUGUGUCACUUUGCACAGCAGUCACAGGCUGCUCAGCAUCAAAGACGGAGCUCCAAUGUGCAGGAAUGAGCUGAGCUUCAAAGUCCAGAUUUUUGAAAAGAAACUGGAUUCUUUCAGAAAAACGAGCUAUAAACUCAGCAACACAGUGGAGUUCAUCAAGUAUCAAGCAGGGCAGGCAGAGAAGCAGAUAAAGGCAGAAUUUGAGCGGCUCCAUGCAGUUCUUCAUGCUGAAGAAGCUCGACGUCUGAAAGCCCUGGAGGUUGAGGAAGAGCAGAAAAUUUCUAGCGUACAAGAUAUGAUAGCUAGCGCAGAAAAGGAUAUUAAAACUCUCGGCGAUCUCAUUGAGACUCUUAAAAAAGAGAUGGGUAAUGAGGAUCUUCCCCUGCUGAUGAAUUUCCAGAAUUUAAAAAGAAAAGCCCAGUGGGUGACUACGGAGCCAUUUGUCCCUGAUGGCUGUCUUCUGGACAUGGGACAGCAUGUUGGCGCUUUAGCCUUCAACAUCUGGAAAAACAUGAAGAACAAUGUUCAGUUCCAUGCAGUUGUACUAGACCCAAACACAGCCUCUCCGUGGCUGAGCCUGAGUCCUGACCUAACCAGUGUGAAGGAAAGCCCGGAGCGAAUGACUGUCCCUGAAAACCCGGAGCGCUUCGAUCCCUGUGUCUUCGUCUUAGGCGCUGAAGGUUACACUGCGGGGAAACACAGAUGGGACAUCAAUGUUGGCGACAACCCAAAGUGGAUUGUGGGAGUGUGCAAAUCAUCAGUGGUCCGUAAAAAGAAGUUCACGGUCUCCACAAACCGUGGCGUGUGGGCCAUAUCACUCAGUAAAGGGGUGUACUCCGCCUUAACACCUGAACGCACGGAGCUGGUAGUGCAGCAGCGCCCAGAAAAGAUCCGUGUCAAGCUGAAUAUGGAUAAAGGAGAGGUGUCAUUUUGGGAUGGUGGAACAGCAAAGCACCUCGUCAGUUUUACACACAAAUUUGAAGAGAGAAUUUUUCCCAUAUUUGGUCCAGGGCUCCACAGUGCACCUAUGAGUAUGGUUGCAGGAAAAAUAGCUGUACACACGUCCUAAUGGCCCAGUGUGCUAUGCAUGGGUGCUGCAGACUUAAAGGUCUGAUAUAACAUUAGAAUGAUGGCUAUUUUUAAAAACUAAAAUGUUUUUGUCAAAUUUUUACAAAUGUAUGCAACAACCAACUGCACAGUCAACUGUAGACAGAGCUUCAUGUGAUUUGAUUGAUAAAAAGAUUAUAACAGGACAGCUUUACCCGCAAACAUAAAUAACUAGGGUCAGAAAAAUGUUUUGACGCAGCAGAAUUGUAACUAGGUGGAUAAUGCACUACCAUAGAGAGUAAAACUGACAAUUUGUUUGAUCUCUUUCUCCAUCAGUUGUACAGUCUGCUGGAUAUUUUCAAGAAAUUAUUUCAUGAAUGAUGAAGAAACCUGAACUUUUAAAUAAGUUAGGAAGAAUGAAGACCAAAGUUUUUAGAUGUGAUGGGUGGCUAUCCACAGACGAAUCACAUUAAAAAGUGCCAUUAAUCCCUACAGGUCGCAUGGCAUAGUUUUAAUACUAAUAUAUCUGAAAGCUAAACUUCAACUUGGUGUAUCAUUGAGUGUAAUCAUUUAAGUUACUUGUGUAUUAAAUACAUAAGUAUUUAGAGGACAGCGCUACUAUUUUUUUUGCACCUUUGCAGCAGUGGGUAUUUUGAACAUCUGCAUAUGUUAAGUGAGUUUUAUAUGGUGGUGGGAAUAAGUGGAAUAAAUUCUUAAUUUUGCAGGGUAUACACUAUAUAUUUUUUAUUAAUCAUUUUUAUUUAACUUACAAAAUCACAACAACAAGAAACCAGAAGUCAUCAGAAAUAUUAAAAAAAGGGCAAAAAUCAAAACAAAAAAAGAAAAUAGUCAUGAAGGGGAAAAAAGCUGAUAGGUGACAAAAGACAAGAACCAAGACAACAGACUGUGUAUAUAUAUAUAUAUAUAUAUAUAUAUAUAUAUAUAUAUAUAUAUAUAUUCACACACAUGUGUUAGAAGACAAUAGACAGAAAAAAAUAAUUGAUGGACAACAGACAAAAAACAGAUUAAAAAAGACGAUAGACAAAACCAAACAACAAAAAUACCUUGAGGUUAUUUUACAAAAAAAACAAACUGCACAUCCCAACAGGUUCCAGAUUAAUGUUUAAUCAUUACUUUUAGAUAAUUUUGUCAAUUUUGUUCACAUACAGUCUUUUCAAAAAUGUUUGUGCUGCUUUAUUGUUUGUUUGACACUAUGUUAUAUGCUCAGUCUAAUCAAUAGUCAUCAGUAUUUUGGAGAAUUGAUAUACUGAUACAAUCAAUUUGGUUUGAUUCUUUUUGUAAGUACAACUUCAAAUUGGGGUGGAAGGGAAAAUGCACAUUAAACUAGAAAAGCACUCGUAGAGUGCAGACUUCCGCCAAGGCAGAUCAGUGCCCCCCUCUCCCAAUCACCACCAAAGUUAAAUCAUUUGUUCCUUGUGCCAGCAUCAACAUUUCCUGAAAUUUUCAUCCAAAUCCGUCCAUAGCUUUUUGAGUUAUCUUGCACACAGACAGACAGGCAAACCAACACCGACAAAAUCAUAUCCUCCUUGGUGGAGGUAAAAAUAAUGUGUUAUUUCUUUUGGCUUUGACUUGUAUUUUGGUGUAACCUGAAUGUAAAGAAUGGAUGUAUAUGUAUUUACAGAUGAAACAAAAAUCAUUCAGUCCAAAAAUCGCUAUUAUUUUUUAACAUUGCUGAAUUUUAUUUUUUUAAGCAUUUUGUUCCAUGUAUCUGUCAUUGUGCCUUGUAACUUUCUUUGGUUACUUCAUGAACAAUUAAAAUACCUUAAAAUGAAA